AUGUGCAUCUCACUACUCCGACUACUUGUUCUCGUUCCUCUACUACCCAUCCUCAUCCCUGCAACCAAAUACCUUCCACCAGAGCCUGUGUCCGAGCGUACGGGUCUCCUCGCCUCCGUCGACGAUGCUGCUCCCCCAACAGACGACACUGCUGCAGGCGAGAACGGAUACGGCACGCUCCCAUCAACAGGUGUCGCCACCCCUUCCCCACGGGCGGACAAGGCUUCCCCCGCUGAUGAAUCCAAUGGAAAGAUCAAAACCACCCAGGCUACUACGGAAGGCAAGAAGGAGAAGGACGAAGAGGCAUUUCUGAGCUGGCGAGAGAUGACCAAGCGACUUUGGAAGCUUGUGCCGUAUCUCUGGCCUGCACGAGUGUGGCAUCUUCAGGCGUUGGCGGCAAUUUGUAUCAUCUUGCUGCUGCUCGGCCGUGCAAUUAAUGUGCUUAUUCCUAUCACACUUGCACAAUUGAUCGACGCCCUUACCUUUGGUACCUCUCCCUGGUGGCCGCUGGCUAAGUAUAUUACUCUUCGAUUGAUCUCAGGUGGAGUGCUAGACAAUGUCAGGAGCGCAUUAUGGCUCCCUGUGAUGCAAUAUUCUGACCGAGAGAUGAGCUUCUUGUCAUUCGAUCAUCUUAUGAACCUGAGCCUCAGCUUCCACAACAAACGGAAGUUGGGUGAGGUGACCAGGAUCUUGAACCGGGGAUCAUCUGUCAACACGUUGUUCGAAGUUCUCCUCUACAUGGUCAUCCCUACAAUUCUUGACCUGGGUAUCGCUGUAGUCUAUAUCUUCUUCUUCUUCGGCCCGGACAUCGCCCUCAUCCUCGCCUGCGUGAUGUGCAUGUACUCUGUGCUCUCUGUCUUGAUGACUCGCUGGAGGACGCGCAUGCGCCGGAGAAUGAACGAGCAGGACACGAUUACCCGAGGCAUCCAUACGGACUGCUUGAUGAACUACGAGACGGUGAAGUACUUCUGCGGCGAGGAGCAUGAGGGUGGGCGGUAUAGGGAUUCGGUGCACAAGUACCAGGGAUUGGAGUACAGGGUUUAUCUCGCCGCUACCCUCAUGAGCUUCCUCCAGACGGUCAUCAUCACCCUCGGCAUGACCCUCGGUUCGCUCAUCAUCAUACGCCGGAUCACUCUUGGUCAGGCAACCCAAGCGAUCUUCGUGGUCUUCAUCACCUACCUCGGGCAACUCACUGGCCCGCUCAUGUCACUCGGCUCUAUCUAUCGACACCUGAAUCAGAUGCUUGUCGAUGCUGAGAAGCUUAUCGCUCUACUCAAUGAGCCUGUCGAGGUGGACGACAAGCCUGGCGCAGAAGAACUCGUCGUCCAGGACGGAACAAUCGAGUUUGAGAACGUCAGCUUCAGCUAUGACGACCGCAAGGGAAUGAGUGCAGUCAAGAAUAUCUCAUUCACGAUUCCUAAAGGAAAGCAUGUGGCCCUCGUUGGGGAGAGUGGCAGCGGGAAGAGCACGCUGAUGAGGCUGCUGUUCAGGUUCUAUGACCUGAAGGAGGGACAGGGCAGGAUUCUGAUCGAUGGCAAGGAUAUCAGCGAAGUGACGCAAAAGAGCUUGAGACAGAACAUUGGCGUUGUGCCCCAGGACUCUGUGCUUUUCAACGAGACUAUUGGAUUCAACAUCGGUUACGGCAAGUUCGACGCUUCUCAGGAGGAGAUCGAGACUGUUGCGAAGGCAGCCCAGAUGCACGAUAGGAUCAUGUCAUUCCCCGACCAAUACCAGACUAAGGUUGGUGAACGUGGUGUUAAACUAUCUGGAGGGGAGAAGCAGCGUGUUUCUAUUGCUCGUACUCUCUUGAAGGAUCCUCCUAUCCUCCUUCUGGAUGAGGCGACAAGUGCGCUGGACACGGCCACCGAGAGGGACAUCCAGAAGGCACUAAACAACCUGGUAAAGGGACGGUCUAGCCUUACAAUCGCGCACCGACUUUCGACUAUUGCCAAUGCGGACAUCAUUUUGGUUCUGAAGGACGGCCAGAUUGUGGAACGUGGAUCCCACCGCGAGUUGCUAAAGAUGAAUGGUGUGUUUGCGCAAAUGUGGGCAGAACACGUCAUGACCGAAGGGGACAUUUACGUACCCCCGGCAUCG